AUGCCAUCCGGAAUAUUCGUCGAUGAAGCGGGAACACUGUACGUGGCAGAUGCUCCAAAUCAUCAAAUCCAAAUAUGGUAUAAUGAAGCUUCCUCUGGUGUUACGGUGGCAGGCACUGGAAUAUCGGGUAGUAGUUUAUCUCAAUUAUUCAUGCCGAUGGGAGUUGUCGUUGACUCGAAUGGAUAUAUGUACAUAAUGGAUUCUGGAAACAGGCGAAUUCUACGAUGGCCACCGAAUUCAGACUCGGGCGAAUGUAUCGUGGCUUGUACUGGUUUUACUGUAAAUACAGUUGAUACGUUUAAUCUCGCUCUGGCGAUCGCAUUCGAUAGCUAUGGAUCUAUCUUUAUUAGCGACACAGGAAGUAAUCGAGUACAGAAAUUUCAGAUCCUUGAUAGUUUUGGUCCAACUUCAACGACAACGUCGACUUCGACAACAACAGCAAUAGUACUAACAACAACCACAACAACAACAGCAAUAACGACAAUAACAACAAUAACAACAGUCACAACAACAACAGCAAUAACGACCAUAACGACAAUAACAACAACAACGGCAAUAACGACAAUACCAACAACAACAUCAUCAUCAUUGCAAAUCCCUUCGGUGGCAAGAUGGUCUGAAACUGGUAGCAUGAAUCAUGCUCGAGAUGAACAUACAGCAACCUUAUUAAUGGAUGGCAGAAUACUAGUUUCCGGAGGCAGCACCAUGAAUGAUGUGAAUCUAAAUAGUGCUGAAUUGUAUGAUCCAGUAACAGAAACUUGGACAUUUACUGGUAAUAUGAGCCAAGCACGACAUGGUCAUACAGCAUCUCUGUUGCAAGAUGGAAAAGUAUUGGUUACUGGUGGAAACAACGGUAGUGAAUAUCUUGAUAGUGCUGAGCUGUAUGACCCAGCAACAGGAACUUGGAAAAAUGCUGCCGAUAUGAAUGACGAACGAAAUUUUCAUGCUGCUUGUAUGUUACCAGAUGGAAGAGUGUUAGUUAGUGGUGGAUAUAAUGGUGAUGUUGUUUUAAGAACUACUGAAAUCUAUAAUCCAUCAACAGGUCUUUGGACAAUGGUUGGUAAUAUGAGCGAUGCACGAGAUGGCCACACAAUGACUAUGUUGGACAAUGGAAAGGUAUUAGCUACUGGCGGAUUUGGCGAUCAUACUUAUUACAAUACCGCUGAAUUGUAUGAUCCUACAGCAAAAACUUGGAGAACUACUAGUAACAUGCAUUUUGCAAGACAAUUUCAUACAGACACUGUCUUGAGCAACGGUAAGAUUUUAGUAACAGGUGGAGAUCGUAGCACUGACGCUGAAGUGUAUAAUUCAACAAGAGGAUAUUGGAAAGCUUCUGGCAAGAUGAAAUACGCUCGAUCUAAUCAUCAAGCAUCUUUGCUACCAGAUGGCAGAGUAUUAAUUACUGGUGGAUAUGGUGAACGGACCGAAAAUACGACUGAACUUUACGAUCCAUCGACUGAGAUUUGGUCAGUCGGUCCUCAUAUGGCUAGUGCACGAAGUUUUCACAGAGCAACCAUACUGAAAGAUGGAAAAGUAUUAGUCACCGGUGGAUCUACUGGAAGCAAAAGUUUAGAAACUGCUGAAUUGUACUUUCCAUAA